UUAUGAUGUCUGAUUCUUACUAGAUUCUGGACAAUUCUGGAUGAAUCGAAUCUGGAAUGAAACAUUUUAAUAAGUAGUUAGCAUGUUUUCGAAAGAAUUGCGGAGUGUUGAAUUGUUACAAAAUCGUAUUUAGCAGAUAAAUUUUUUACAAAACUCACUGUUUGUUUUAAUCUGGAGAUGGAAAUUCAAAAGGAACUUCCUAAAGAAAAACCAAAACCUAUAUUUCGCGACUUGACAGCCGAGGAUCCAGAACCAGAAGCAACAGAGAUAGAAAGUCUAUGUUUGAAUUGUGGAAAAAAUGGCAUUACUAGAUUACUCUUGACAAAAAUCCCACAUUAUAAAGAUGUCGUAGUAAUGUCCUUCGACUGUGAACAUUGUGGACAUCAGAAUAAUGAAAUACAAAAUAGUGGCAAAAUUGCUGAAAAGGGAGUUAGGAUAAUAUUACAAGUCAAAACAUCUAGAGACCUGAACCGUCAAGUAGUUAAAUCUGAUUAUACCAGUGUAAAAAUUCCAUCUCUGGACUUUGAAAUUCCUUCUAGAUCUCAAAAGGGAGAAGUCACAACGAUUGAAGGUAUUAUAGAAAGAACCAUUACUGGUUUGGAACAAGAUCAACCUGACAGGAGAAAAAAACAUCCAGAUGCUGCGGCUCAAAUUGAUAAGUUUGUUGAAAAACUUAGAGAACUUAAAUCUUUGAAAGAAUCGUUCAUUAUGACAUUUGAAGAUAUAUCAGGAGAAUGUUAUGUGGAAAAUCCUAAAGCACCAUUAAGAGAUGAGGAAUGUACUACAAUGCGAUUUAAGAGAACAGCAGAACAAGAUCAUAUGUUAGGAAUUUACUCUGAAAAUACGGAUGACACUUUGUUAAAACCGAUAAAGGAAGGGGAAUAUACUUUAGAGGAAAUAGAGGGUGAAGUUCUUUCCUUCAGAACAAAUUGUCCGGAGUGCAAUUGUCCAUGUGAGACUAACAUGAAAAUGACCAACAUUCCACAUUUUAAGGAAGUUGUAAUUAUGGCAACGGUCUGCGAAUCUUGCGGGCAUAGAACGAAUGAAGUUAAAAGCGGCGGAGGUAUAGAACCUCUCGGAGUGAAGAUAGAAGUAACAGUGGCUGGGAGAGAAGAUUUCAACCGCGAUUUGUUGAAAUCUGAAACUUGUCAUAUGCAAGUACCUGAAUUAGAGUUGGAAAUCGGCCCCGCAACACUUGGUGGGCGAUUCACUACCGUGGAAGGUAUUCUCGUAGCAAUCAAAGAACAAUUAUCAACGUCAACAGCUUUUACUGGCGACAGUUCCAAUCCCGAAACCAAGGAAAGGAUGGAAACCUUCAUAUCUCAAUUAAGUGAGGUCUUGGAGGGAAAGCGAGAUGUCACGCUCGUGUUAGACGAUCCAACGGGCAAUAGUUAUGUUCAGAGUCUCGCGGACGAAGGUUUAGAUAGCGGCUUAAAGAUCACCAAGUACGAAAGAAGUUUCGAUCAGAACGAAGAGCUCGGACUGAACGAUAUGAAAGUUGAAGACUACUAAUCGUUGUUAAAUAAAUCAAUGUUCGAUAAAUGUCAAUUCAAUGUAUUUGAAUAUGGAAAAAACAUGUAUUAUAAAUGUGCAUUACAUUAUGUAAAUACAUAUUUUGCAAUGAAAUUGCAAAAUUUUUAACGGGAUAA